UAUCGAAUAGGAAAUAGCCCAAAAUCCCAUAUGUGCGUCAAGCAGCACGGUGGCUGUGACUACGGAUUUGUAAUCUAAUCUUUGUUGGCAUUUACUCGGAAUACACAAAUCAAUGGCGUGCGCCAGGUAUCUCACUCUAAAACCCAUCAUCCAUCGAACGGCGACUUUAACGCAAAUCCUCCGUCCAACUUCCGUCAAUAAUCAAAGUAAUGCUAAUUAUAAAAGGAGGGCAUAUUCCGUUAUGUCACCGCCGUCAACUGCAGUCUUUUACGAAACUCACGGCCCUCCAGAUUCUGUCACCAAAAUAGUACAACUUCCGCCAGUUGAAAUUAAAUCAGAUGAUGUGUGUGUUAAAAUGCUUGCUGCUCCUAUCAAUCCUUCUGAUAUUAACAGAAUUCAAGGUGUCUACCCUGUGAGGCCACCGGUGCCUGCUGUUGGAGGAUAUGAGGGUGUUGGAGAAGUACACUCUGUAGGCUCAUCAGUACAGGGGCUUUCUCCAGGCGAUUUGGUCAUGGCAUCUCCUCCAUCACCUGGGACAUGGCAGACGCAUGUUGUAAAAGAUAAAAGUGUCUGGCACAAACUUGAUAAAGAUACACCUGUUGAAUAUGCUGCCACAGUUACAAUUAAUCCUCUGACUGCUCUAAGGAUGAUAGAGGACUUUGUGGAUCUCAAAUCAGGGGAUGCAAUUGUGCAAAAUGGAGCAACCAGCAUGGUUGGGCAAUGUGUCAUCCAGCUCGCUAAACUUCGUGGAAUUCAUACCAUCAACAUUAUAAGGGACAGGGCUGGCUCAGAUGACGCGAAAGAAAAACUUAAGAAACUUGGUGCUGAUGAAGUUUAUACCGAAAGCCAGCUGGAUGUGAAAAAUAUCAAGAGUCUUUUGGGUAGUCUACCUGAACCUGCUCUAGGGUUUAAUUGUGUUGGUGGUAAUGCUGCUUCUCUGGUUCUCAAGUUCUUGAGGCAGGGUGGAACGAUGGUGACUUAUGGUGGUAUGUCCAAGAAGCCUAUUACUGUAUCAACUUCAUCCUUCAUAUUUAAAGAGCUUUCCUUAAAAGGAUUCUGGUUGCAAAAAUGGAUUAGUUCAGACAAAACAGAAGAGUGCAGGGAAAUGUUAGAAUACCUUUUGGGCCUAGUUCGAGAAGAAAAACUGAAAUACGACAUGGAGCUUACUCCUUUUAGUGAAUUUCACACAGCAUUAGACAAAGCACUUGGAAAGCACGGAAGCCAACUCAAACAAGUCAUAAAGUUCUAAUAGCUCAACAAUGUAAGUUACUACAAUAGAUAAUUAGGUAAAAUGUCAAAAUGAGCUUCAGGAUAGGAGCAAGUAGAACUUAAUGAGCAGAUGUAUCAUGUAUGAUCAAUGUAACACUUUGCCUUUGAUUCUUGGUCAUUAUGUUGUUUUCUUCAUUUUCAUUGAA